CCCCGCCCGCUGCCGCCCUCCGCUCCCGGUUUCAUGCACCGGUGGCCGCCCGGCUCCGCCGUGCCUCCACUGCCCGAGCCCAUGGGCGGCCGCUCCCCGGGGAGUCCCGGCGGGGCCGGGGCGGCGGCAGCGGUUCGGCGGCGGCUUCGGCGACGCGGCGGAGCCCAGCGGCUGCUGCCCGACGUGCGGAGCAUCUUCGGGGUCCCGCGGGAAGCGGCGGAGCCGGGCCGCGGCCACAGCUUCGCCUUCCGACCCCCGCGGCGCGGCUGGUGCGACCUGUGCGGGGAGGCGGUGCGGGAGCGAGCGCUGCGCUGCGACUACUGCAGGUACACGUGCCACCAGGAGUGCCGCAGCCUCAUCCAGCUGGACUGCCGCCAGCCAGGCCAGUGCCAGAGCCAGAGCCAGCUCUCGCCUGAGGCCACCCUCCUGCCACCCUGCAGCCAGAAUGUAACACAAAGAGUAGAAGAAGAAAAACCUGAGCCUCCAACCCUCCAGGAGAUCAAAGAGAAGAUUGACAAAUACAACACAAAAGUGACCAACUGCCUGCUGAUGAAGCUGAACGAGGAUGGGACCUACACAGGCUUCAUCAAAGUGCACUUGAAGCUGCGCCGCCCUGUGACGGUGCCGGCAGGGAUCCGGCCGCAGUCCAUCUACGACGCCCUCAAGGAGGUCAACCUGGCUGACAGGACAGCCAAGAGAACCUCCUUCUACUUGCCCCUGGAUGCCAUCAAGCAGCUCCACAUCAGCAGCACCACCACGGUGAGCGAGGUGAUCCAGGGGCUGCUGAAGAAGUUCCUGGUGGUGGAUAACCCCCAGAAGUUUGCACUUUUCAAGGAGAUGCGGAAGGAUGGCCAAGUGCUCUUCCAGAAGCUGCCUCUCACCGAGUGCCCUCUGUACCUCCGGCUGCUGGCUGGCCCUGACACCGACCUGCUCAGCUUCGUGCUGAAGGAAAAUGAAACAGGGGAAGUUGAGUGGGAUGCAUUCUCCAUCCCUGAGCUACAGAACUUCUUGAUGAUUCUGGACAAAGAAGAGAAGGACAAAAUCCAGCAGGUGCAAAAGAAGUAUGAGAAGUUUAAACAGAGACUGCAACAGACCUUGAAAGAAGCUCGAGGCAAGCCUGGAUAA